AGGGUUACCUGGUUUCGAGGCCGGUUAGCAGUUUUAGGGGUUCUGUAAUGAAUUGAUCCGUUCCAUGGCGAGGCUUCUUUGAUCGUUGUAGGAUUCGGAAGGGAGUGAUUCCCAUACUGCUUCGUUUGGAAUUUCUCUGAUUUCCAUAAGGAGCUUAGAAGGGGUUGCAGGGAUGAACUGUGAAGUAUCUCCUGAAGCUGACAAGAAGAAUUCCCCCGAGGCACCUCCAUUUCCUAAUUUUAUGACUUAUGGUUAUUAUCGAAAGACAUUGGUGGUAAAUGGAGUACCAUUAAGGGGAUACACAUGCGUUCCAGCAGCAACUCAAGAUUUGUGGAAACGUCUCUUCAGUGAAGGUUAUAAAGCAGAUGUUUCUAUCCAGACUGAUAACAGUGUUGUCAUUAAUGCACAUGCUAGCAUUCUUGGCAUGGCUUCUCCUGUGAUGAAGUGCAUGUUGAAGCACUCAAGAGGUCGUGGUCGACGGCGAUCAAUCUCCAUCCAGGGUGUCCCACAUCAGGCAGUCCAAGUCUUCAUUCGCUUUUUGUACUCUUCAUGCUAUGAAAAAGAAGAUAUGAAAAAAUAUGGUUUGCACUUGUUGGUGUUGUCACAUGUGUUUGUGGUUCCCCAGUUGAAGAGAGUGUGUGAGCAGAAACUAGAGCAGAAUUUGCUCACUGUGGAGAAUGUAGUUGACAUCUUCCAGCUUUCACUUCUCUGUGAUGCACCUCGACUCACCCUUUUUUGUCACCGUCUGAUCCUAAAGAGGUUCAAGAAUGUUUGUGCAACUGAAGGAUGGAGAGUGAUGAAGCAAAGCCACCCAAGGCUUGAGAAGGAACUGUUAGAGUCAGUGGUUGAAGCUGAUUCGAGGAAACAAGAAAGGGCAAAAAAGCUUGAAGAGAGGAAGAUGUACAUGCAAUUAUACGAGGCAAUGGAAGCACUUGUUCAUAUAUGCAAAGAUGGAUGUCGGACUAUUGGUCCCCAUGACAAGGUUUUGAAAGGAGACCAAGCGCCUUGUGGUUUUGCAGCAUGCAAGGGGCUAGAAUUGCUCAUCCGUCACUUUGCAGGUUGCAAGAUGCGGGUCCCUGGUGGUUGUAUCCAUUGCAAGAGAAUGUGGCAGAUCCUGGAACUACAUUCACGCCUCUGUGCUAAACCUGAUGUGUGUAGGGUUCCAUUGUGCAGGAAUUUUAAGGAGAGAUUGCAACUACAGAACAAGAAGGACAAUAUGAAGUGGGAAAAAUUGGCGGAAAAGAUCCUGAGUUCGAAGAGCAUUGGUGGAGGACCAUUUUUUUCAUUGGCAAAUACUGUCUGAGCUUGAGUUAGGAGGUUGGUUUCUCCUUGUACAAGCUCCUGUUGUAAAUUGGGUUCACAGCCUAGACUCUGUGAGAAUACAUUGGUCAAAAGACCAAUGAUGUCUCUUUGUAAUGGAAAGUAAUGAAGCCGCAGAGAAUCACUUCCAAAAUUUGGCCCCAACGCCCUAUGAAGUUUAAAACUUUUAAUGGCAGAUGACAAAAAGUGGGAUAAAAUAGCUGAUAAAUUACAACAACCCAGAAGGUGAUGGGGUAUCUCAGAAUUUGAUUAAGGCUAUAAGAGGAUU